AAGGUUCUGCCCUGUCCUCUCCCUGUACCCGCCUCCACCGACCACCCUACAGUAACUACCCAUGGCAAUGUUGCUGCACCUGAGAAUGGCCAACACCUGAGGUCCCAUGCGUCCUGUGAGCACCGAUUCAGACGGUCCCGCUCCUUCUGAAAAUCUCUCUUGCCCCUACCCCUUUGUGGGCCCCCUGGCUGCCUCGGAGAUGUCCCUGCUCCAGUCGCUGGGUCCAGUACAAAACUGGCUUGGCCAGGAGCUUGAGAAGUGCGGGAUCGAUGCCAUGAUCUACACCCGCUACGUCCUCAGCCUUCUCCUGCAUGACAGUUACGACUACGACCUGCAGGACCAGGAAAACGACAUCUUCUUGGGCUGGGAGAAGGGAUCUGGGAAGAAAUGGGGCAAGAGUAAGAAGAAAGGAGGGACCGACCUGAGUCUUGAGGAAAUGAAGAAGCAAGCUGCUGUGCAAUGCCUCCGCUCUGCAUCUGAUGAAGUAAGCGCCACCACCACUCCGCCCAACUCUUUCUGCUGUACAAAAUACUAGUGAACUUCAGUCACUUUGGCUUUAGAGAUAUGCAAAUGAGUCAUCACUCACUCAUUGAAGCAGGAGCAGUUGCCCCCUCUUAUAUUAAACUGUAAAAUAAACAACCUACGGUACAGGAGGCUUGUCAGGAACCUUUUACUUUUGUAUUCUAGGUUGUUUGUAUUGGUGCAGUCAUGCAGAUAUUAAUUGGAUGAAUCACUGUGAAUAGACACAGAAUAAAGCUACGUCGAUGUCGAAGGCU